CUUGCUUUUAUUUUCAGCAAACAAGGAAGUGGAAAUUCCACUUUGGUCCAGAUAUAUACGUGUCUGUAACAAACACCCGGUCUGGUUGCGAGGUCCCCACUAGCUGGCGGCACAUUACAGACUCCUAUAGGUAUUUCAAUACCAGUGACAUGACAUGAUGCAGAACUCUUCACAGAGCAUCACGGUUCUGCUCAGCUCAGCUGCUGAAGAUGGCGACUGGGAUCUGGUCAAGGAUGUCAUUAGUCAUGGCGAUGUCACUGCCACUGAGGUCACACAGUCCUUCCUCUUACAGAAACUGGCGUCUGCUACUGGGAUUAGUCAGCACCUUGUCAAAAACAUUCUCAAAAAUAUUUUUUCAAACCGAUCUACUAGUGACACUCUUAAAUAUGUCGCAGAAGAAGCUGUUGUUAGAGCGGCUCACUGUGACAAGUGGGACAUCCUGAUUUCUUUUCUCUCGUUGGGUGACAUUUUACUCGAAGAUGACACAAACCUGCUCUUAGUUACAGAACUGAUGGCAUCGAGCGAAUAUCUCAGGAAAAGCUAUUACCUGCAAACAGAUGUUUUCAUUUGUGUUUGGAAACACGCAAAGCAGAAGAUUCUGGACAGCACUGACAAGAGAGUACAGAACACUUUAGUGCAGUUGGCAGCGGAACUCAACAUGUGGUCACGUGUCUGUGACCUCCUCGCCGCCAAGCCGGACCUGAACCUUCUUGACAGGGAUGGUCUGUCAGUCCUACACAGACUUGUCAUGUGUCCUGACAACAGGUUCGACUCUCUUCUGCCGGUUCUUUUGGAGAAGGGUGCCGACGUCAGCAUUAAGAAUUCGGAGGGAGACACAGCCCUGCACCUGGCUGCUAGUUGCCAGAACAUUGGAAGCGUAGGGAAGUCGUUACAUUUAGGGGACUGCAAUGGUGGGGAGCAAAGUACGGAUUUUUGGUCAAAGAUUAUGGAGGAAUAUCAUUUAAAGUGUUCUGAAUCGAAACAACAAGCAUUAAAGACACUUGUGGAAUCCUGUGAAGACCUCGAUAAACGUGAUAGUCUUGGAAACACGGCCAUGAUUUUGGCUGCGAAGAACAAAAACUGGGAGUUUGUGAAACUGUUGAUCGAACAUGGCGCCAGCACAGAUCUCGUGGAUGAUAACUGGCGAUCUGUUCUGCAUGUACUUGCUCUCACUGGCGGCCAGAUGGAUCCCCUACUGGUUACCAAGAUUGUCGAGCAAUGUAAGAGUCAGAUAAACGACACAGACUUGAACGGUAGUUCACCUCUUCACCUGGCUGUCUGUUCUCAGAGCUGGACUGUAUUCAAAGUGCUGCUCGAUCUUGGAGGAGAAACUGGGAGGCGAGACGGAUCAGGAUACACGGUCUUGCACACAUUGGCUGGCACUGGGAGGGACCAGGUACAACAUGUCACUUCCUUAUUUACCCUCCUGACUAAGCAAGGUGUUGAUCUCAACAUUCCGUGUCCAGCAGGUAACACCGUCUUGCACAUUGCUGCAAUGCAAAGGAACUGGACAUUAGUCAAACAUCUAAUGCAUUCUGGUGUCGACGCAGAGCGCUGCAAUGCAGAAGGCUUCAGUGUUAUUCACCUCCUUGUAUUUUCUUAUCUUCAUUCCCAGGAGAGUUACGAAGAAGCAUCACUUGAUAGAGAUUUAAAUACAUUUCUCUCUUCUCUUGCUCUCUCUCUUCAUAAAAGAAAUGCUACUUUUAACUGGGCCGUGGUCAACUUCUUGAUACAGCACGGAGCCCACAACCAGGAGCUAGAUGAAGAACGUAUUCAUGUCCUUCAGAGGCUCAUUCAAUCUCCAAAAGAGACACAAGUAACAGUGUCUAUUUUUAGUCUUUUAAUGAAAGAAGCAGAAAGAAAUAUGCGGUUUUCAUGCAGAGACUAUACUGCAAUGCUGCAGCUUUCCGCCAAGCACGAGAAAUGGAGCUUCGUUGAUUACAUUCUGACACGCCAUGGUGGAGACGUGGACGAGCUAGACAGCGAGGGUUUCAGCGUUCUUCACAGAAUGGCUAUCAGCAGAGGAAAAACAUUUAAAGAAGGACAUUUUUAUGAAGUAAAGUCAUUUUUAAGGUAUUCCUUGUAUCUUAACACUAACUAUCAAGUCACUUUCCUCAUCCUUGAGGCAGCUGCUGAAAGAAAUGUCGACGUCGUGGAGGCACUGCUCGACUAUUUUGAAGAAGUCAACAGAACGGAUUGUCAAGGGUUCACAGUUCUUCACAGAGUGGCCCAGUGCUGUGUUUCAAAAUCAGUGACAAUUGUUCACCGUCUUGUCGAGAAGGGAGCCGAUGUAGACCAACAGUGUCCAUACGGAAACACAGCCGUGCAUCUCGCUGCGAAAAGCAACAACUGGUUGAUUGUCCAGCAUCUGUUGAUGUGUGGAAGUAGCACUAAGAAUCUUGACAGUGAAGGUAUGCUAGUUUUACACAGACUGAUAAGUCAGCCAUGCCUACGAUGUCAUAUAUGCCACAUAGGCCCUCCUGCUAAAAGGCCAGUCUGCUUGCUGAGUGCAAUAUUAGCCAACGGUGCAUCCAUUGGGCAGAAAGAUUGCAAUAAUAACAGCCCAUUGCAACUUGCUAUCAAGUAUGAACAUUGGGAUAUGGCGCUAGAGCUGAUGUCGAGAGGAGCUAUCUUGAAUGAGCCGGAUCCUGAAGGCUGCACCAUCUUGCACAUUCUUGCCAAGCGAGAUAACUUGAUUCGGGGCGAGAUGGCUUUAGAAAGAAACUGUGUAGCCUGCUGCUUAGAGAGUGAUCAAGACAGACCAUUUCACUUUCUGUUUUCUGCACUUGCUAAACAAAACAUUAAUCAUCUUGAUAUCUGCAACACAAUCGUAGAUCACUCAAAUAUCAUAGACAGUUUAGAUCCCUAUGGUAACACAGCAUUGAUUUUGUCAGCAAAGAACAACAACUUGGACAUCACAGAGCAAUUAUUGACGAAAGGAGCAAAACCUGGCUUAGUAAAUUAUAAUGGACUGUCUACUCUUCAUGCUCUUGCUAUUGCUAAACAUACGACAUCUGGUGACCUGCAAAACAAAAUAGUAAGACGGUUGAUCUCCCUUGGUGUUGACGUCAAUGCACGAGACUCAGAAGGCCACACGCCGGUACAACUGGCUGCGAUGCAUGGGAACAUGGACAUGGUUGAGGUGCUCUUGGAGUUUCCAGUGAUUGUCAACGAGACUGACAGUGAGGGCUUCACCUUGUUGUCGAGAGUCGCCCAGACCUUGUCUCCCAAAUGUAAGGACAUCACCAAGCGCCUGGUGAGUAAAGGGGCUGAUGUCAACAUGACAUGUCCUGAUGGCAAGUCACCGCUAUUGCUGUCGGUGAUAGCUAGAAACUGGCCCAGUGACAUUACAGUUGUGGGAUUCAACAUCGAGAAACAAUAUAGAUGUUGUACUGCAAGAGCACUACCUCAUUCUCCAUCGCCUGAUUGAAGACGUAAACCUGGAUAAGUGGACUUCAAAAGAGUUGGCUGUGAAAGCAAUAA